UGUUGCGGCAUCUGAUUUUUUUUUGCCAAAUCUAAGUACAAUUGCAUUCAAAUUGAAGCUUUCCGAAAGUAUGUCUGGAGUGACUUUCCUAGCGGUUGAUAAUGGGUCGCCGGAUCUUUUUAGCACUUUUAACGCGAUGACACACAAUUUUGAUGAUUUAACUGUCGGUGAACUUAUCGGUGCCGCAAAUUUUAUAACGUCUGUAGUCGCCGCGAUCGCACUUACUCUUUUUAUUAUUUGGGAUGGGAAACUGGGUUGUAAAAAAAAACGUAAAGAAAGAUUGUUAGAGCCUGCGAUGAUAGAAAAUGAAUGCAUUAACAAACUUGAAGAAUUUGAAAAUGUAGAUGCUUAUGAUUAUGAUUCUUACGAUGGGACAGGUCUUUUGUUACCAGAAGGCGAACGCAAUCCUGAUAAUACUAAUGGGACAAUUACACAAAUGUCAUUGACAUUGGCACCUCCAAUGUUGCCAUAUGAUGACUUUGAAAGACCAAUUUAUUACUUUCCAAAUUCAACUCGAUCCAUAAAUGAUUAUCAAUAUGUGGUUAAUUCUCUCAAGUUGGAUAGUAGCAAUAUGAGACCCUUGCGGCAAUUUAGUCGAAGUAGAACAAUGCCAAUAAGGUUCUUUGAAAAGUCAUUCGUUGCAAAACUCAUUGCUCUGAUGGCUUUUCCCACGAUACUUGUACUCAAGCUAACGCUUCCUGUUGUGGAAGUCAAGGACAUAUCCUUGCAAGAAGAAAAAGAAAAAGAUAAUCAAAUACAAUCUAAAUACUCCUUCCAUUGUGAUGAUUUACCUAUUUUCAUACUUUAUACGUUUAUUAUUAGUACCUCAUUAUCUAUAUUUUUCAUUCUUACUACGAGCGAUGAUCAACCCCCAAGGUUUUAUUCAAUGUUAAGCUUUAUGGGAUUUGGUGUAGCGAUUGCUUUAGGCUUAAUUAUGGGACUAAGUGAUGCAAUUCUUGGCCUAACGAUAUUUGCGAUGGGCAGUAGUCUUGGCGAUUUUGUUGCCAAUAUUACUAUUGCAAAAACUGGACGCCCAAUAUUGAGCAUUGGUUUGAGUGCUAAUGUUAACGAAUUUAAUUUGGAAUCUAUGAACGGCGCCGAAGCUGCCUCAACUGCCGAUCUUGAAAAUCAAUCCACCUUCUUACUUGGCAAACGUUCAUUCUUAAAUUACGCUCAACCCCCCUUGGGGAUAUUAAUUUCAGUUUAUACAAUAGAGCCUGCGAUGAUAGAAAAUGAAUGCAUUAACAAACCUGAAGAAUUUGAAAAUGUAGAUGCUUAUGAUUAUGAUUCUUACGAUGGAACAGGUCUUUUGUUACCAGAAGGCGAACGCAAUCCUGAUUAUACUAAUGGAAAAUAUCAAUCUAAGCAUUUACAUCAAUCUAAGCAUUUACAUCACCAAUAUGGUACUACAAGACCUACGAAGGUACUAAUUAAUCGUAGGCCAUCAUUGUUAAGAGCAAUAGAGUAUCGAGAUGUGGUUAAUUCUCUCAAGUUGGAUAGUAGUAAUAUGAGAUCCUUGCGGCAAUUUAGACGAAGUAGAACACUGCCAAUAA